GUCUCGGCCUCCACAUGGACUCCUCUGAUCAUAGAAGGCUUGAUGAUGAGGAAGAACUCUUGCGUCACUUCAGUUUGACAACUUCUGGCCAGUCCCCAGCCAGUAUUGGUGAGGCCGAUACCCUACCCACAGGCUCGCGUUCCCUUGGGAGUGCUAGUACGACCGAGGGAGGCGAGUCGAGAAUGUCGUGUCCGAAAGCGCCCAACGCUGAACACCAAGCGAUGCUAGAAACCGUGUGGCCUUUGGUCAUGGAUAAUGUGGAGAAGAGGAUGAACCAGAUGGAACAGGCGCUAAUAAAGAGGCACAACGUGAAGAUGAUGAACGAGAUGCAGGAGGUGGUCAGACAAAUAACUACAGCGAAGACUAGAAAUGAAGAGAUCCUACUCGCCUAUAACACCCGCCUGGGGGAAAUCACUAGGGCUUUGACGGACCUAGCUGAGAAGCAAACUUCCUCUGAUUCGGUUGAUGAUCUUAAACGACAAAUUAAUCUCCUAAGACAACAUUUGAACAUAAGGUGUGGUCAAACUUCAGAACAGGUGGGUCAGUUGAAGCAAUCUGUGAUAAUCACUCUACAAAGGGAAAGGACUGAGAUGCAGCAAAGAAUGUCGCAACUAAUGCGCAACGACCUAACUAUGGUAAUCCACCAAGUGGAUCGUCGGCUCAAGGAAGGGCAUGCGCAGAUGCUCGCUCUGAAUCGUGUCGUGAGGGAGCUCUGUAGCUUGACGGAAGGAGGAGAAGGUCUACUCACCGAGAUACUUCCUAAUGACGAGGGGUCUUUGCCAUCCUUGGAGCCUAGCAAGAUUUUGAAUGAUAAUUCUCGUGGGAGUAACGCUGGUGGCACGUCGGUGUCAACUAGCAGUUUCCCUCGUCAACAACAGCAACAACAACAACAAACACAGCCGCAAGGGAUGAGCACUACCUUACCAGGCUUCAAUCGACCACAAGGUUCGACGGCCGGAGCAGGCGCGGCAGCAGCAGCUACGUCCUCCUCAUCAUCAACCGCUAUGAACAUUAAUUCAGCCGCUCCUAAAGCUGCAUCGGGUAAUGCGGCGCAACAGGCGGCAUUGACAAAAAGGAUUGCAGAGCUGAUCAAACGGCAAGGUGUUAACGUAUCGUCCCAACCUGCUAUCGCCCAGUUGCUGGCGCACCUGCCGCAGCAACAACAGCAACAACUCCAACAGCUACUACAACAACAACAGCAACAACAACAACAACAACAACAACAACAACAACAACAACAACAGAAGACGACAUAUGGGAUGGCGCCCUCGACAGGACAGCAAACUUCUCUGAGAUCGUUGAAUACCCAGGCUCAGCAGCAGCAGCAGCAACAGCAGCAACAGCGUCAACAACGAGCCUUGAAUAGUCUAUCGCAGCAAGGUCCAUCAAACGUCGUGGCAUCUGCUGGCCUCUGUCCCUUUAUCUCCACCUUUGGGUGGUGUAGUUUUGGUGACAAUUGCCAGUACAUGCAUAUGAUCAGCAAUAGGGAGCCUCUCCGACAGCUUCCGUCGGCUAUGAUAGCCCAGUUACAACAGCAAUACGCGGCUCAGGUACUGUCUGGGCAAAUCACCACUAGUGCUGAGUUGAUGCAAGCUAUUGCUAACUCUGGCGCUGCUAAGCAAAACCAAGCUACUACUACUGCUGCUGGUGCUGGUGCUGGCAUGCAGUUGGGUUUCCAGGCGGGGACUGCAACGGUUUCAACACCGUCAUCGUCGACAUCUGGCCCCCAGCAUGAUCUGAUCGCCUCACAGAUAGCGCAUCAGCAGGAAGGUCUUAGCAUGGGUGCCAAGGCGAAGACUAUCUCUUGCAAGUUUAACGCUGUUGGAAAGUGCGCAUAUGGUUCGCGGUGCGCAUAUAGGCAUGCAGGAGAAGGCGCUGCUGUCGGUGGCGGUAAUAAUAAUAGCUCGUCGACUCAGCCUACUACUACUGCUGCUAUUCUAGCUGCUAUGGCAAAGGAAACGCGGGCUCAGCAAAAUGCACCGUUAUUGACGAUAUCGCAGCAACAACAACUACUGCUACAGAAAGGGCAACAGCAGCAGCAACAGACGGGGACAGGCCGACAGUUGACGGGUCCAGGGGUGAGCGCGGCUCGAAGCUCAUCCGAGGGGCCUCGCGCUGCUGAGUCACAGAGCAAAGAUAUGAGUGAUUCGAUCAGUGCGGAAGCGGUGACCAGCGCUUGGCUGAAAGAUCAUUUGUCUGGAACGUCGUGGGCGGAAAGAUUAAGCUCGGCAAAGCCCGAGCCGCCUUCCUCCCUCUUUCGCGAUGGGAGUGGUGAUGAUGGGGCGGUUGCUGCUGCUGCUGCUGCUACGCCACCCUCGUCACCGCCCCCUCCGGAAGACCCUACGAAGAGUAGCGGAGACCAGCAGGAAUCGGAAGUGAACUACGAGAGUAGUAGAAACACCGUGGAUUUUGAGGAGGUUGUGGUGAAGGACGAAGCCGACGAGGGUGUUGCGGAAUCGGCGGGCCCUCCUCCUGGUUUGGGAUUCGGUGAUAAAACCGAAUCUAGUUGAAUGAGUUUUGUUAUGCUUUUUAUGCUAUUUGCGGUCAUCGGUUUGCAAAAGCUCGGCGAAGGUUCGCGAAACAUUCGUUCAUUUCCUAAUAGGUCGAAAGGCUUACAGCCGGUCUCUGAUUCAAUCCGUUUCCUAUUUCGUUACGUUUUUAUUUU